GUUACAGACUGAUGCUCCGGACUCUCUGCGAGCCUUGGGGAGGGGGUGCUGAGGGGCAACUGCCCCCCUGCAAAUGGUGUCGUCCCCCCCAUGCACCCCUCGCUCCUUCCUAAGGGCUGGGGGGGGGAUGCAAACUCCUGCAGGCCCGGGGGAGGGGGCGAGAGCGGGAUCCAGACGGGCUGGAACGGUCCCAUCGCAAGUUUUCGGCUCCCAGGCAUGGCCACUUGGGCUUCCUCCCUCAUAAGAGAAGCCGGCGUCACCGCGGGAAGGUGAAGACCUGGCCCAAGGAUGAUCCCAGCAAGCCAGUCCACCUGACAGCCUUUCUGGGCUACAAAGCUGGCAUGACGCACAUCCUACGAGAAGUUCACAGGCCAGGAAUGAAGCUUUCCAAGAGGGAAGAAGUGGAAGCAGUCACAAUAGUGGAGACCCCGCCUCUGGUAGUGGUUGGGCUUGUGGGAUACAUAGACACUCCCAGGGGCCUGAGAAAUUUCAGGACCAUUUUUGCUGAGCACCUCAGCGAUGAGUGCAGACGCCGCUUCUACAAGAACUGGCACAAGAGCAAGAAGAAGGCCUUCACCAAGUACUGCAAAAAGUGGCAGGACAAGGAUGGGAAGAAGCAGCUAGAGAAGGAUUUUGCGGCCAUGAAGAAGUACUGCAAGGUCAUUCGAGUCAUCGUCCACACUCAGAUGAAGCUGCUCCCUCUACGUCAGAAGAAGGCCCAUGUGAUGGAGAUUCAGCUGAACGGCGGGACGGUGGCCGACAAGGUGGACUGGGCUCACGAGAAGCUGGAGAAGCAGGUCUCUGUGCACGCGGUCUUCAGCCAGAACGAAACGAUCGAUGUCAUCGGGGUGACCAAGGGGCGUGGGAUGAAAGGGGUGACCAGCCGCUGGCAUGCCAAGAAGCUCCCAAGGAAAACUCACAAAGGCUUACGCAAAGUCGCCUGCAUUGGAGCCUGGCAUCCAGCCCGCGUGGGCUACUCCAUUGCCCGGGCUGGCCAGAAGGGCUACCACCAUCGCACGGAGCUCAACAAGAAGAUUUACCGUAUUGGCCGUGGGAUCCACGUACAAGAUGGCAAAAUAGUGAAGAACAACGCCGCGACGAACUACGACGUCACCGAGAAGACAAUCACGCCACUGGGUGGAUUUCCUCACUACGGAGCAGUCAACAAUGAUUUCAUCAUGCUGAAGGGCUGCGUCAUGGGCACUAAGAAACGCGUGCUCACUCUCAGAAAGUCCCUUCUGGUGCACUGCAGCCGUCGGGCUCUGGAACCCAUCGAACUGAAGUUCAUUGAUACCACUUCCAAGUUUGGCCAUGGCUGCUUCCAGACUGCUCAAGAGAAGAGAGCUUUCAUGGGCCCCCAGAAGAAACACCUGGUGAAGGAGAAGCCAGAAUCCCAGGAAGAAUUGUAGGGGAUUGAAAUACACAUGGGCACCUUAACCUGGCACCUCCAAUAAAGGGACUUCAA